AUGAAAAGAGCUUAUGUUGUAGUGGCCGAUAUAAAUUUACAAUCAGCAGAAGCUACAGUUGAAAGAAUCAAAGAAAAAACAGGUCCAGUACAUGUUCGUAAAAAUGCGAUUGCAUUUAAAGUUGACGUUUCCAAAGAGGAAGAGGUCAAAAAACUUGUUGAAACUGCUGAAGAAUUAAUCACGAAGAUAUUUGGUGCAACUCGAUUAAAAAUGUGA